GUCAGAUGCUUCGAGGCUGCGGAGAAGUCGGAGCAGUCGACUGCUCACCGGAGCAGCUGAAGUAAGGAGACGCUGUAGUGAGAGCCAGUGUCAGCCUGGGCCUCAGGAAGAGGAUGAGUCCUGGCCAGGGAGGAAGGCGCCACAGCAGUGUCAGGCCAGACCGCCUCGCCGAGGGCAGGCGGGUCACCAACCUUGGCCGCAAACAUCUAAAGAUGGUGCCUGGUGGAAGAAAGCAUUCUGGGAAAUCUGGGAAACCACCAUUGAUUGAUCAGCCUAAAAAAGCCUUUGACUUUGAGAAAGAAGAUAAAGAUCUAUCUGGUUCAGAAGAAGAUGCUGUUGAUGAAAAGACUCAAGUAUUUGAUAAACAUGGAAAGAAAAGAUCUGCAGGAAUAAUUGAAGAUGUGGGAGGUGAAGUACAGAAUAUGCUGGAAAAAUUUGGAGCUGACAUCAACAAAGCUCUUCUGGCCAAGAAGAAAAGAAUAGAAAUGUAUACCAAAGCUUCUUUCAAAGCCAGUAACCAGAAAAUUGAACAAAUUUGGAAAACACAACAAGAGGAAAUACAGAAGCUUAACAAUGAAUAUUCUCAGCAAUUUUUGAGUGUGUUGCAGCAGUGGGAACUGGAUAUGCAGAAAUUUGAGGAACAAGGAGAAAAACUAACUAAUCUUUUUCGACAACAGCAAAAGAUUUUUCAGCAGACUAGAAUUGUUCAGAGCCAGAGAAUGAAAGCAAUCAAACAGCUACAUGAGCAGUUCAUAAAGAGUUUGGAGGAUGUGGAGAAGAACAAUGAUAAUCUAUUUACUGGCACACAAAGUGAACUUAAAAAAGAAAUGGCUAUGUUGCAAAAAAAAGUUAUGAUGGAAACUCAGCAGCAAGAGAUGGCAAAUGUUCGAAAGUCUCUUCAAUCCAUGUUAUUCUGAUGAGUCUUUGAAGAAAGAACUUGAACCUAUGUAAUAUGAUACAAUUAAAACAUUAGCUAAGAGGCAUGCCUUUAGUAAUUAGUUUAAACUAUAACAUCGGAAGUCAUUAGCUUGUUUAAGUGGAAGGUUUUUGUUCCUGUCAACUUCUAAAUAAAUCUAAGUAACUGUGUAAGUAGCAGCUAUUCCAAUGUAUCAAGCUUUCUGGGGUUUGUUUGUUUGUUUGUUUGUUUGUUUGUUUGUUUGAAUAGUUGUUCUCUCCACUAUUGUGUCAAUAAAGAUGAUUUAAAUUUA